CAGCCUGGUCACGUGACUCCUCCUCCUCUCCUCCCCCCUCCCAGAGCGUCAUGUGAUUAUCGCGCUGGCUCGGGUCAUGUGAUCGCGUGCCUGCCCAGUGACGUCACGGCUGUCAUAUGACCAGCCCGCAGCCCGGUGUGAAGUGAGAGCAGCCCGGCUCCAGGCCCCCGCUCGCAGUGACCGCCCGCCGCCGCCAUGAUCAGCCUCCUGAACAAGCUGCUGGACUGGUUCCGGUCCCUGUUCUGGAGGGAGGAGAUGGAGCUGACGCUCGUGGGGCUGCAGUACUCCGGGAAGACCACCUUCGUUAACGUCAUAGCGGUAAGUACCCGCCCCGGCAGCCGGCCAUGGCAAGGGUGGCCACAGCUGGGUCCUCAGGGGAAAGGAGGGAGCAGAGUACUGAGAGCAAAGCCAGGUCCCAGCUGGGAGGGAGCAAAGCAUCAUGGGAGCUGUAGUUUUAGACUAUGGGGGGGGGGUACCACAUGUCUACCCUAACCUGAGGCAGAAUGUCACCCCCUCCCCCCCCCUAACCAGAAUUCAGUGACAGUGUACUGAGAGCAAAGACAGGACCCAGCUGGGAGGGAGCAAAGCAUCAUGGGAGCUGUAGUUUUAGAAUGGGGGGGGUACCACAUGUCUACCCUAACCUGAGGCAGAAUGUCACCCCCUCCUCCCCCCCUAACCAGAAUUCAGUGACAGUGUACUGAGAGCAAAGACAGGUCCCAGCUGUGAGGGAGCAAAGCAUCAUGGGAGCUGUAGUUUUAGAAUAGGGAGGGUACCUCCUGUCUACCCCAGACCUUUGGCAGAAUGUAAGCCCCCCCCAACCUGCAUGCAGUGACAGUGCACUGGGGAGAAGACAGGUCCCCAGCUGUAACGUUGCAAUGCAUCAUGGGAUUUGUGGUUUUAGAACAGUGGGGGUAUAUUCCUCAUGAGACAAAGUACCAGACUCCAUAUUAACAUCUCAGUGCAGCCCCCUAAUCUGCAUGUAAUGACUGUGUCCUGGGGCCAUUAGACAGGUCCCCAGCUGUCAGUUUGCAAAGCAUCAUGGGAUUUGUGGUUUUAGAACAGAAGGGAGGCAUUUACUUUUGUCUUCCCCAGGCAAACUAUCCCUCAUUAACUGUCAGCGCACCCCCUUAUCCACAUGCAGUGACCGUGCACUAGGGUAAAACCACACCUCCCAUGAUGCUUUACAACAGCUGACUGUGAUCUUACUUUUUUCCACCCCUGGCCUGAUUCUAUCCUUAAUAUACUCCCAGUGCAGCCCAGCUGGUCUCUGUCUGCCCCCAGGCUGCAUGCAAUGACUCGGUACCUUCUGCUGCAUCAUUUAUAAAAUAGUCAUUGAGUAGUAUCCAGCCUGCGUAUGCUUCCCUGUGUAUAUGCUCAUUUUUAGUUAUGUAGCUUUUCAGCACAUUAGAACAUCGACAUUUAAUUCAGUUGGACAAUUGGUACAGAGGUUUAUGUGAAAAUUUAGAAUAUGUUGCCCACACUACGCAGAAUUGUUCUAUCGAUCAUCGUGUACUGUUUUAUGAAAUCCUGAAAAGGUAUUUUAUGAGAUAAUGGCAUAUGUGUGCGUUCCACCCGUUAUAGAGCUGGGCCAACAUUCUUUAUUCAAUUUAGCUUGUUCUCUACUUCCAUCCAUAGCAACCCAUUGCUUGCACAGUCAUCAAGGGUGGUUUUGUUUUGCACGUUCAGGCAAGUAAACCACAAAAUAAAACCCUUCCCCUCCCCAGUGAUGCUGCACUUUACCUCAUUGUGUCACCAUAGUGUGUCACACUGUGCUCUAUGGGGCAUCACCCCCUACUGCAUUGUAUAGGAGUCUCUGUUGUAGUUUGAUCUAUAGAUACCUAAUUCUGUAACCUAGGCAACUUAUAUUGUAGUUAUUAUAGCAUUUGACAUAGUGCUUCACAAUGAUAGAAAGGGGAAGACGUAAAGAAGCCCCUGCUCAAAUAAACUUACACUCUGAGGAUGUGAAGAUAUGGUAUUUCUCGGUUUCUUGCCCAGUGAGAUUUACUGGUGGUAGCCUAACAGGGAUUCGAACUUGGUUCUUCAGCAGUGACGUUACCAAUGCUCGAACAAGCUGAUAUACUGUAUAUGACAUGCUUAAACAUAAUGCACCGGACGUUUCUAAAUAUAUGUUUAUUAUAACGGGUAAUUUUAAAAGGACUUUUUCCGUGAAUGUUCCUGAUUAAACACAAAUAGGUUGUCCUUACUUAAUGUGCUAGAUACUCAUUCUUUGUUAAAGGGAGAGUCUAGGCACCAAAGCCAUUUCAGCAAGAUGUAGUAGUUAUGGUGGCAGGAGUCUCCAGAUGCUUCCACGGUAGAAAGUUAAACUAUGUCAAACUGUUUGAUACUUACCUGGGUCCUUCAGAAACAUGCUUUGGAUCUGGCUCCUUUACCGAUCACUCUAAUGUCAAAGUUUCUACUUCCACUUUAGCGUCAAAUCUGCCUCUGUUUGAACAGAAUUCAUUGGCUGAAAGGGUCACCUGUCACUCUCAACCAAUGAAUGUCAUCAAGGUAGGCGCAACAUUGAUUUGUAGAGUGAGAAUGUUCGCUUUAGAUAUGUCACAAAAGUAGGCCACAUCAGAGGUGUCCUAGGGACCCAGGUAAGUUUAAACGGAAAACAAUGUGACCACUUAUUGUAGGACAGUGUCCCUGAUGCCUUGGCUGUAGUGGUUUUGGUGGCUAGAUUGACUUGUUAAUGUCUAUUCUUCGUUACUCUUUAUGUCCAUAAAUUGUUGCAUAUAUAGUGUUUACUACAGAACCGUUUGUGUGUGUUUUUUAUUUAUUUAUUUAUUUAUUUAUUUUAGGCAUUGCUCUGCUGUACUGCAAACUACACACUAUUUUAACUCUCUAACUGAAUCUAUGGUUUUAUCUAAUCUAUAAAGACGAUCUAUAGGAAAUGAGCAGCAGAAGCAAUUAACUCUCUAAUGCAAGUGUUUGAAAGAGUUUAAAUAAUUUAGAAACCUAGGCAUAUUAGAGCCCACCUUAUUUUUCCCUCUUUUUUAUAUAAAUCUGCUGUUGUCUGAUUUACCCACCAGCAAAUAAAUCUUGAACUAUUUUUUAUUUUACUUAUUGGCAGCAAAGCAGUAGUCAUGUGUUUAGAUGUAUUUGUUGCGUAAUUCUGUUCUGCAGCAUUUCCUAAUGCACCCCUCCUCAAACUUUCACAACAUAACGCAUACAGUGCAUUUUAACUCCUUUUUUAAUAUGUUCUAAUGCAGUUUUUAUGUACAUAAUAACUUCCUCUCAGUCUAGACACAAUACGUCCCUUCUAGUUGUAGCAUUUCUUAACAUUUUGUCCUACUUUAAUGUUCAGCACUUUUUUGACCUAUACCCCACUGUGGGCUUAUUCACCGAAUUGAAGUGAAUUGGAAAAACAAUUGCAAAAUUUAGUAAAAAUAUAGCUGAUUUGGGGGGGGGGGAGGGGCAAACCACCAACUUGGCUUUAGUCAUAGUUUGACUAUUUCAGCCAGAAUGUUUCUAUACGGUUUUUUAAUGCACUUUUUAGUAAAAAAAAAGGCUCCCAUGUAUAAAAGAAACUCUUUCUCUUUUAGUCUGGUCAGUUUACAGAAGACAUGAUUCCUACCGUUGGUUUCAAUAUGCGAAAAGUAACAAAGGGGAAUGUUACUAUCAAAGUAAGUGUGCAUUUUUAUUUAUUUCAUUAUUUUUAUUACAUUUUAUAAAAUGCUGCAUAAAAGACGCCACAUAGUGACAGACCCUUAAAAGGAAUUGUCACUUCCCUAAUUUUUAUUUUUUUAUUUUUUUUAUAUUUAGCAAAUAUGUUUUUGUGAGAUCUGGGAAAAAAAAAAUUAAUUUUAAAUAAAGAAAUGUUCACAUCUAUUAUGAAACUGGGCGCCUCCAUCUUGUCAGUCUUUGUUAUAACUGCUGUCAUUUUCUGCCGUCGAACAUGAUUAACAGAAGAUGAAAAAACUGGAACUAUAAACCUGUCCUUAUUUACCCUGGAUAUACCUGAAGUGAACUGGAGUAUGGUGCCACAUGAAAAAGGGUUUAACACAAAUUAUUGGUGAUUUUUAUUUCUCAAUUUCCAGAGAAGUAACUGUUCUUCUUUAAUAUUUUGAAAUUGAACUUACUGCUUAUCAAGAUAAGACCUUUGAAACACAGCUAUACCUUUUUUGCUUGUCUGUGUUAUACUUUAAAUUUAAUCUGUCCUCCACAAUGUGUUGCUCUGAGGGUUUUGCCAGCUUUCUUCAUACUGUGGUGGCAGAGGGGAAGGCAGCGUGGAGGUUGUGGUGGGUGCUAAUGCUCCAACUUUGGGGUUAAACCAUUGUAAAAUAAUUUAAAAGGGACACUAUAGUAACCAGAAUGACUACACCUUGUUGUAUUUGUUCUGGUGAAUAGAAUCAUUCCCUUCAGGCUUUUUGCAGUAAAUAUGGUAUUUUCAGAGAAAAUGCAGUGUUUACAUAUUAGCCUAGGGAUAACUCCACUGGCCACUCCUCUGGUGCACAGUGUGACUGCCAUUCAGUGUCUCCACUCUCUGCAUGGAAACACUGAACUUUCCUUAUAGAGAUACAUUGAUUAAAUUCAUCUCUGAGGAGAUGCUGAUUGGCCAGGGCUGUGUUUGACUUGUGCUGGUUCUGCCCCGUGUUCUCCCUCCUUGACAGUCUCCGCAAAUCUCAUUGGGAAGCAUUGUGAUUGGCUCACAUAAUCACUUCUGCAGACUUGAAUACAAAUAAGAUAUUACUAUAUUUAGCAGGGCCAGGGGGUCUAGGUAGUGGUUUUUAACACUAUAAGGUCAGGGAUACAUGUUUGUGUUCCUGACCCUAUAGUGUUCCUUUAACUUCUGAAGGCUCCUAGAUACUCCCACUACUAUAACCACUUUUCCGAAAUGGAAGUGGUUAUGGGGAAGAGUGUGGUGGUUUGGAGUGUCCGUGUGUUCAGUGCUCCAGUCAUGAGUGUGUCUAUCUUGGCUUGUCUGACCUAGGCAACUUUUGCAAAAGUGAAAACAACAUUGUAUAAAUAGAAGUGGGGGAAAAAAGAUACUAAAUUUGCUGCAAAGUAUCUCAGAUUCUGCAUUGUGUUCUUGCCAGAUGAGGAAGUGGCUGAAAUCUUUGUUUUUCUUACUAGCGAUUUUGCUAUGCAAUGCUUUAUUUUGUCGUGCAGUUGUACAUCAUGCGACAGACCAGGCUACAGUUGACGUCAUACAUGAAAAACAGUGCAUUCUAACUGAUACUGCAGCACACAUUGAUAGCCUGCUGUGUAACCUAGUUGUGUGUUGUUUUUUUUUAAUUUCUAUUGUCUGCAGCUUUGUAACUGCCAGUCUAUCCAGCUGCUUUACUAGAUUACUGGUGUACAUUUGCAGCAAAAUUAAGGGCACACAACGAAUAACAAUGAAUGGCAGGGGAUGUAGUAAACAAACUGCAAACUAUUAAUUGCUCAUGUGUUGUGUUUCUUCAAAAACAGUUAUUUUGUUGUUGCUAAGUAACUGAUUCAUCUCAUUAAAGCGGCCCUUUUCCUCCUCCCACAAUGAGUAUUUAAUAAUGAUGAUCUUUAUGAAACCCUCACCUUGACUGUGUUGAAAUUUCAACCCAGUCAAGACAUACUAAGACCAUGUAGGGGAGUGCUUUGUCUCAGUAUUUUUACUCCGCUUGACAAAAUGGUUAAGCUACCUUUUUGUCAACCAUGUCACUUUUCCCCAUCCAUAACCAGGGGAAAAAGCUGUCUAUGGAAGAUACUGUGAUCUCGCGGGAUCCUCCAUCGACCUCUGUGCUACACUCACAUGCAUGCUUAAAAGUACAGCGCUGACAUCUGCUCUGGAUGACGCCCUCCCCCCACCCCCCCAACCCCUGAUCUCCAAGCGCUGUUGUCACCUUCUUGAGUCUUGUGCAAAGCCCCUUGAUGGUGACAUACUUUUAAAAAUGAUCUGUGUGGUGGGGGUGAUAAAGUUCCAUGCACCUUGUUCUACAGUCAUUGAUUCUCCUGCUGUAGUUUUAGUAGAUGUUUUGUCUGUCACUUGAGUUCUUGGGUCGCAUGUUGCACUACUUUGAAAUUAUUCUAAGACUGUGUGACUGUCACUUUUAGCUCUGUAUACAAAACUUGGUCAGUCAAUUGAGGCCAUUUUAAAGUCAGUUUUACAUUUGUGGAAUCUCACAAUAAUGUCUAAUAGCACAUCGCAUUGUUAAUCUUCUUGUAGGGUCUAAAUGUGUUUGACUGAAGUAUUGUAGAAAUCUUAAAAUAAUUCUGUACUACUGUAUUAAAUUUCUAUAAUUUAUUUCUAAAACAAUUUAGUAAUUUGUGGGUGGAUAUUUUUUUUUUUUUUGUGUGUUCUUUCCAGGUUUGGGAUAUUGGGGGUCAGCCAAGAUUUCGCAGUAUGUGGGAACGCUACUGUAGAGGUGUCAAUGCUGUUGUGUAAGUAACAAAUGAGAUUAUAUGCCAGAUCUUGUGAUGUCUUCAGAACCUAUGGAACACAAACAAAUGGCUUUUUUGUUUUGUUUAGGUAUAUGGUAGAUGCAGCAGACUUGGAUAAAGUGGAAGCGUCGAAAUAUGAAUUGCACAAUUUGCUUGAAAAGCCACAGUUGCAAGGAAUCCCUGUAAGCUGCUAAACUUUCUAUUAUUUUUUUUUAAUUAUUUUUUUUUUUUUAAUAUAACCUUUUCUCCUAGAGCCGUGCUUUUUUUUUUUUCUUUUUUUUUUUUCUUUUUUUUUUUUUAAAUCUAGUAGAUUUUCCUAAUCACAAAAUGUUAAAAAAAAAUAAAAAAAAAAUAAAUAAAAAAAAAAAAAUGCACACAAAUACACAACUGGCAUAAACCUUAAAAAAAUAAAAUAAAAUGUAGGGUUUGCUAUAAAAUCUGUAAUUACAUGUAGGGGAGUGCUGGGCCAUUAGUGUGGACAGAGUGUUAUGUUCAAAGAUCAUGCAUUACAUAGUUUACCCAUCAACUGGUGCAAAUUAGUGCCUCAGUCGAGUGUAACCCGUGUUUGCUUGAUACCAGCAGAGGGCGUCGGUGUACAUAGUCCACCUAUUCAUAAAUAACAAUGAGAAGUACUGCAGAGGUAAAACUGCAAGUGAUGUUCUAUACAUGUAUACUGCAUACACUGACACGGUGUGUUUAAUAAACCACUUAACAUUUGUUUAGAAAGUUCCAAGGGCUGGUUAAAGUGAUGGUUUUCCCUCUUUUCUCUUUCUUUUUUGCGUUUUCCAGGUGCUUGUGUUAGGAAAUAAAAAGGACCUUGAAAAUGCCCUGGAUGAAAAGCAGCUUAUUGAGAAACUGUAAGUAUUGUGCAGUUUGUACUGUGUCAACCAGUGUGUAUCACAUCCCACAACUGCAUAUAAUGUAAAUGGCACACUAGCGUGUCUGAUGUGUGAAAUUCAUUAUCAUGUAUUAAAGUGCACACUUGGCAAUAUGACUUCUGCAGCUUUGUGUAGUGGUUGUGGUGCAAGAAUUCCACGUCUCACUGUUUUAAGGUGCUCUAUAGGAACCCAGACCACUUCCUGUCAAUGAGCAGGUCUGGGUGCCAUGCCCUUGUUGUUUUAACAGUGUUUUCAUUGCAGGGCUAAACACCUCUAGUGGCUGUUUUUCUGACACUACAGACACCACAAGAGCUGAGUUAAACCCUACCAUUUAAUCAGAUGGUCUCAUAGAGACCAUUGGCGCAGUGUGUUGUUUUCCUACGCAUGUGCCCUAGUCUCCCAGUGUUUCCCUAUGGUUAAGCAUUUGAUUAGCUGUGAUCAUCAACCAUCCUGAUCUCAGCCAAAGAAGCAGAGCAACGUCGUGGAGACCAGCACAUCAAGGGAUGAAAGGUAAAUAAUAUGCCAGUAACACUCCCCCUUUAAACCUUCACACAGCAGGUAGAUUUAAACUAUAUCGUUGAUAAUACAUGCUUGUAUUCCCGACGCUAUAGUGUUCAUGUAAGGAUCUGAUUCUGAAUGGUUCUACAAUCCUAUUGGUCUCCUUGGCACUUGCUAUCUGGUUCUCUUCACCAAUAUAGUUACAGUAGAAUUUCUAAAGUAUUUAAUUGUCCCACUGGAUUUUAUCAAUUUAUCAAGCUCUGUAGCAAGAUGUCGCAUUCUUUGUCCUCCAGCUAACACUGUUUGGUGCUUUUAUUACAGCCCAUUUAGAAGUCUUUGUGAUUCAGGUUCUUUGAGCAAUUGCCUGCCACAUGAGUUUAGAGCGACUGAGCUUAACAACCCAGAAAUAACAGGACCGGUUGUCUGACACCCAAAGGGGUGCCACAAGGUUAAUCUAUAAAAGUGCCAAUUUCUAUUGAAAUCUGCACUUUAUUUAGUGUGAGGUAGGGGAUGCACAUAAAGCACUUCAGCAAGCUAAAAUGUUUUUAAGUGAAGUUUUCCCUGUUUAGUUGCCCAAAUUUAAUUUAGACUUUGUUGGCCAGGCUAUUCUGAUGUAAGCUAUCUAAACCUUUUAAUUCUGUACUUUUUUAUUUUUGUGUGUGUGUGUGUGUAUGUAUGUAUGUAUGUAUAUAUAUGUAUAUAUAUAUAUAUAUAUAUAUAUAUAUAUAAUAUUUACAUACAUUCAUUUUGGUUUAGACCAUAAACAAUCAUUCCUGUGAGAUUCAUUAGGAAAUCUUAUAUUUGAGUUAUAUCACAUUACAAUAUCCAAACUUCUUCUUUUGUCUUUUUACAGAAACCUGUCUGUCAUUCAAGACCGAGAAAUCUGCUGUUACUCUAUAUCCUGUAAAGAAAAAAAUAACAUAGGUAAGAUUAUGUGUGUGUGUUUUUGUGUUUAAUGGUUUGUUGCUUGUUCUCUUCCUGGUUCCUACAGUGAGAUCCUUUCUUUUUAAUUAAUUUUGGGGCCUCUGCAGAUAUGAUAUGGCAUUCAAAUUGGGGACUAUGCAAUACAUUGUGACUGUCUGAAGUCUUUGUGGGAAGCCAGAAGAGGUUUACCAGCUACAUUUAGUGACUCUGUGACUUUGCAUAUUUUGUUUUUAAUUCAAUCCCUUAAGCUGAAAUGGCUUAAAUAUAGUUCUAUUACAGUUGCUAAGCUAAUUUAUCCACAACCCAUCAGUCAGAAGAAUCCCAAAUAAUGGCAAAUUGUAGACAUUCUGAAAUAAGGAGAACAAAAUGGCAGCACCCAUGUAUUGAGAUCCAGCACAAAGAAUACCUAAUAAAUAUCAAUAAAGGCAAAUGGCAAGGGAGGGUGGGGACAUACUCCUUAAGAUACAAGAGGCAUGAGGAUAGGCUAUGCGAAAGAAAAAAAACUAAACAUGACCGUGUUGCUUUAAGGUGCAAUAAGCAACGCCUUUGUCAGCAGGAUAGCAGUCCUUCAGCUAGUAAUAACCAGCACAAAUGACUGGUUUUGUCAUAUUGUGAUGUCAUGAAUCACUACAGCACCAGCUGCAAAAUCCUUUUUUUUUUUCUAUGCGACCACUUCCGGUAGCUAUCGAGUCAGUAUAGACGGCAAGGAAUAAUCACUGGUUUAUCUGUCUCUGGUGAGAAAAUAAUUAAUAGAGUUAAACUGGGACACUGUAAGGGGCCAGACAUGAGCAGUACACUUGCGCACGAGUGCGUUCCAUCUAGUGCAAAUAAAUAAAAUGCCUUUUUAGUUUCAUCCCAAAUGAUCCGAUCCAUCAGGGAUUUGGAGUCGGGUGGUUCAGUUUGAUCUGGCGUAGAUUAAAUGGGCAUUUUUUUUUUUUCGUUUGUGCCAGCUGAAACACAUUUUGUGUAAACGUUUGAUGCAGGCUUCAUCAAAUCUGUGGUGCCAGGUCUCCGUGGCGAUGAAGAAAUAGGAUUUGGUGUUGGAAUGUCUCUGACAUUUUCUCCUGACCUCCAGAGAAACAAGGAAGUGGGCUGACUGAGGCAUAGCGAAUUAGAUGACACUUUCCCAGCUCCCUUAUUGCCCUGCCUUCUCCAGUACGUUACCUAAAUAUAUUACCAGGAGUGCGAGGGGAGCCGGGAAAGAUGUCUGUUACCCUAGAUGGCCAUCUCCCCUAUUAACACUAGGGAUAGUCCGCUGUCUACCCAUCUCUUCUUCCUUCUUAAUGCCAGCAAGCAGGAUGAAAGAAAGUGAAAAUUUUUAUUAGUGUGUUUGUUUACAUGUGUGAGCAGGGCUUAAAAUUUCUGCUGGCCAUGGUGAGUGAAAAAUUGACCCUCCAGACUUGAAGUGGCUCUGUCACCUCAAACUCUCCCUCUCUCCUAUUAGUUCAUCUUCAUCAUUUCCUCUUUUAGAGUAUUUCUCUUUUUUUUUUUUUGAUCAAUUUCUCUAUAAAACAAGGACCACUCUGUCUUAUGCAUUUUUUCCUGAGCUUGACAAUGGGUGUAGCUUAAGGCAAACUCGACUGCCUUUCUCAAUUUACCAAGGCAGUGGAUCUUGCCUUAAGCUCCACCCUUUGUGAAGAUUGACAAGUGUAGGAAAAAUACGUAAGACAACGUCUUCCCUACUUUGCCUUAUGUUUUGAAGAGAAAUCGAAUAGAAAUGUAAAAAAAAUGAUUCUGGAAUAGGAAGCAAUAGAAGAAAGGUACAUUUUUUUUAAGUGACAGCCAAUGUAAGUCCUGGCUAGGAGUACAGGACUUGAAAUUUAAAGCCCUUUGUGUGUAUUGGUGUAUGAGAGAUUGGCUAGUUGUGUGUGGCUGGCUAGUUAUGUGUAUAUAUCUUUGUGAUAUUGGCUAUUUGGCAGUUGUGUGCAUGCAUGUGUUUGUGGCAGGUUUUUAUAUAUAUAUAUAUGUAUAUGUAUAUAUAUAUGUAUAUUUAUUUAUUUUUUUUUGUGUGUGCUUAAUUUAAUAAUGUCUUCUCUCUUCCUGUUGCAGACAUUACAUUGCAGUGGCUAAUUCAGCAUUCCAAAUCACGGCAGUAUUGAAAAUGCCACUUAUUAAAUCCUCUAUAGCAGUCUUCUUUUGGUUCUGCCCAUUCUGCCUCGGCGGAAAGGGAGGAUGACGUGUUUUGCUACCAGGAUUUGUCACUCGGUGCAGGUUACUGCAGGUUUCAGCUGCCAGUUUUGUUCUUUUUUCAUCAAGAAGUCAGAAUGUGGUUCGACCUUUUGUACUCUGCAUCUAUUUUGUCUUUCUAGCACUCACUCAUGAAAUACACCAAUUAUGUUGGAAUAUUAAUGUUCACUGUAUUUGCAUGCGUAAAGUCAGCUCAAGGGCCCUCUGUGCAAUAUGCAUUCUAUUGCAUACCUUUCUCUCAACACAACAAAAUCUUCUUAGUCUGUCUCUUGUGAUUUCUACUGACUUGGCGUAAAGCCACUUUCGAUCUUUAUUUUCUAGUUAUGGAUUGACCAUACAGUUAUCAAUCCCAGUUGGCAUGGUUACCACUUUGUCUUUUGCUUGGAAACUACUAAUUGCAUAUUCUGUAAUAGUUAUGGUAUGGGUUCAGGUCAUGUUGAAUGUGUAUGUAUUUGCCUUGAAUACUUUUAAUGGGUUUGUUGUAAAUACAAAUAUUAUUCAUCAGGGUUGCCUUAUAUGUAUUAUGCAUAAUGUUUGUCUGCCAAAGGUAUCUUAUUCUUAUUAGAAUGUUCUAAUUUCAAGCAACUGUAAUGGGAUGUGGAUGUUUAAUAGACUCUUUGUUUUUCUGUAAUUUUUAUUUUAUUUUUUUUGUCCCUCCUUUUUUCACUUUUUUUUUUUUUAAAGUCACAACAUUUAACUACCAAUAUUAAAAUCUUAAGUGGCAAUUUUUCCAUCUUCUUUCCCUCCAUUAAUGACUUUUGUAAAUCUUGCAAGGAAAAAGUGCAUGUUGAAAGCUCGACUGCUAUUUUUGUGGUGGUGGAUGGAGAUAUAUAUAUAUAUAUAUAUAUAUAUAUAUAUAUAUAUAUUAUAAAAUAUUUGGAGAGGAGGCACAUCCGUUUCACAAUGGCUAUUCUUCAAAGUCUAAAUUUGGUCCAAAUGAUAACAUUUUAAAACCAAAAUCAAUAACACAUUGGGUACUUUUCAUCGUUAACCAAUACAAACCUAUUUUAAAAGUAGAGUAAAGUACUAAAAUUAGAAGAUAUUCGUAAAUACUUCUAGCAUUCCCUGGUUACACACUUGCAAAUAUCUUGGUUUUCCUGUUUCUUAAUAUCUUUUAAUGGUCAUUAUUAGGGAGCGUGACAAAAUGGGUGAAAAAUACUUUGAGAAUUGCGAUAAAAAUCAAAGCCAUUUAUCUGAUUUAAUAAGAAACCUUAGGAACUUCAGUGUUAUGUUGGCUAAUUAUUGUUACAUGUGAUAACUCUCUCCUCCUCUUAAUGAUUGUUGGUGUUUCACUUAUUAAUAUUUAUUUUAUUUUUUUUCCCUCUGGGUUAUAUAAUGAACCUUAUGUUUUUGAUAUUACUCCAUUUAAUAGCCAUAUUACUUUUUUAGGAGACUCUCUCUUGGUCUGAAGUGAUUUAUUUUGAUUGUUUACUUGUCCAUUACUUCUGUAUUCUAGAUCAAAGCAAAGAAUGUUAAUGAUGUAAAUAUACUGUAUGGAAAGAUAAAACAAUACCCUUUUUUUUUUUCUUUUUUUUUCUUAAACAGCACAAAGGUAUUUAUUCAUGUCCUGGUAGUCGUUUAACUAGAAAAUAUUUGGAUUUUUUUUUUUUUUUUUUUUUAAAUGUUCAUGGGAAUACAAAACGAUGGCCUUAUUGUAUAACAGGUAAAGUUUAUACCAUAUUCCACGUCAUGUUUAAGCUUUACAAAUGUAAUAUUUUGUUUUUCUAUGCAUAACUGUGUAAAACAUUGCAAUAAAAUGUAUUAGAAAUAUUA